AUGGUAGCUUCCAUACCGUCACCGGAUCUAGAUGUUGAAGCCUUUUCAGGCAUAUGCGGUACCAUCUCCAUCGUAGCAUGGCUUGUAGUAUUCAGCCCACAGAUUCUCGAGAAUUUCCGUCGAGGCUCGUCUGAUGGCCUAUCACUACAUUUUCUUGUAGUAUGGCUAUUGGGCGAUAUCUUCAAUGUCGUGGGAGCCAUACUCCAGGGCGUCCUGCCGACCAUGAUCAUUCUUGCUAUAUACUUCACCGUGGCUGAUAUAGUGUUGUUGGCUCAAUGCUUCUUCUACAGGGGCUUCACAUGGAAAGAGAAAGUCUUGCCUUCCACCCCGAAGCCGAUGGAAAUAGGAGAACCGAACGAAAGAACAACAUUACUAGAUGGAGCCGCAGCUGACGAGAGGCGAAGCCGAAACAACAACGAAACUCACUCUCAAUUUCCCUCAGCUUUGCCUAUAGUGUCCGAAGAGCCUGCAACGCCUCUCACAUAUACCCGCUUACAGAUGCAUUUAAGAAAUAUAGUGGCUGUUCUCUUGGUUUGUACUACAGGCAUGGUUAGCUGGUACCUUAUUCACCACUCCACAAGCAGUAGCCGUCCAGCCCCUGUUUGGGAGGUCCCUGAGUAUGACAUUUGGGGUCAAAUAUUCGGCUGGCUUGGCGCUGUGUUUUAUUUUGCUUCACGCUUCCCUCAAUUAAUUUUGAACUGGCGUCGCAAGUCUGUGGAGGGACUUUCUAUAUUGUUUUUCCUCUUCGCUUGCUUGGGAAAUUUCAUGUAUGUCUUCUCUAUUAUCGCAUUUGACCCGACCAGCGCUGUUCCAAACCGCUGCCAGUCCUGUAACGCGGGGAAGAUUUAUGGUCGACAUAUACUGGUGAAUCUUCCGUGGCUAGUGGAUGGUCUAGGCACAUUGCUUCUUGACAUAGCAAUCUUCGCCCAAUUUUUCCUCUACGGCGAAGUCAAAUCUAUUGGUGGUGAGGUCUAG